AUGAAGUACACAUUGAAAGAUGUCUUCAAAUUGUUCACGCCACUGGCAGAGAUGCCCCCAGAAAUUCAGACAAUUAAGAAUAAUUUCCCAUUGAGGAUUUUCUCUGAUAUCUCCAGCGGUCUUGCCAUUUCUGACGUGAGUAAUUUGAAUUUCUCUGAGUUCAUCAAGACUCCUAAUCUUCGUCAAAACAGAGGUACACAGCCACGUGCAAAACAAUAUGCAUCGAAGUUUGUAACGGAUAGCCAACAAAAGACACUAGCGCACCAAAAUCAAAUGCCCGAAGAGCCUAUCCAUUGGGAUAAGCCUGACCCAAGUGAUAAGUUUGACGAUCUUCUGUGCCCAGACUUCAGGACUGCCGGCGGAAAAGAAAGUAUAAGUGAUUCGUUUCGAAGUACCACUGCCUCAGAUGCUGUCCUCGAUGUGAUGGACCUUAUUUCUGCACCAGACAGUAGGAAGAACAUCUAUUCAAAUCCAAAGCAUCAAUCUGCAUUAACAAGUGAUCUGCCAGUAGAGACUGCCAAUGAAUCAGAUAAUGCAGGGGACAGGGGUCCUAUUGGCCUUGCAGGAGACGACAUUGAAGACGUUCUACAAAAGUUAGAGCAGGGUCCUGUCACCGGACCCAACACUAUCGACUCUUUACCCGAAAGUCAAGGUAUUUCUGAACAUGGAGUACCGCAGUUCCCUGUCCCGCCCACUAGUGAUCCUGCGAUCUUUGGGUUCCCAACACUACCCUACACACAAGUAAUUCCGGGUAUACAGCCAAUCUCAAACCAGCUUGUUUUCCCGGUGUACCAUCCCCAACAGCAGAUUGUCGGACUUGCAAAUCCAAUGGGCGCUGCCCCAUCCAUGCAGCCUAUGCACGGGAUACCGGCUAUUCCAGCUGUGUAUACUAUGCCUGUGCAACAGACUCCUCAGACGUAUGAUGUCAGCUGGGAGUAUCUGGAUCUAAACAACAUAAUGAGGGGGCCAUUUCCCAGCGUAACAAUGUGGAAGUGGUACAAACAGGGCAGUUUGCCCAACACGCUUCGCAUCCGCGUUGCUGGUGAUACCGGACCAUUCCUUCCCCUUUUUAGCAGGUGGGCCAAGUCAUUAGCACGAGGAGUUGAUCCUUUUAGUGUACCUCCAUCAGAACUAUCUUAUCAGUAA